CCUCUCCCUCUCACUCCCUCUUUCUUCCGUUCCCCGCAAUUUUCGCCGUAGAGAGAGGAAGGUUUACUAUAGAGAGGGAGAUGGAGAGGUCCCUGGUCCUGUUUGGUCUCGUGAUUUUGAUCGCAACCGGAGAUCAGGUGCUUGCUGUGAAGCCAAUACCGUCAAUUCGAGACGAUGCCAUGCUUCUUCAGGAAUCCAUGGUAAAAUUCAUAAACUCAAACCCAAAAGCAGGGUGGAAGGCUGCUUUACAUCCCCGCUUCUCGAACUACACUAUUGGUCAAUUCAAACACAUCUUGGGAGUGAAAGAAACACCCAAGGGUGCAUUACUUUCUGUUCCUGUUAGAACUCACGUAAAAAACGCAAAUUUGCCGAAGCAAUUUGAUGCACGAACUGCCUGGCCGCAUUGUAGCUCAAUCACUCGAAUUCUUGAUCAGGGUCAUUGUGGUUCAUGUUGGGCAUUCGGUGCAGUAGAGUGUCUCACAGACCGCUUCUGCGUUCAGCUCGGUGUGAACACCUCACUUUCAGUCAACGAUCUUGUUUCCUGCUGCGGGUCUAUGUGUGGAGAUGGCUGUGAGGGAGGCUGGCCAAUCAAUGCAUGGCAAUACUUUGUCCAAAAUGGUGUUGUCACGGAAGAGUGUGAUCCAUACUUUGAUGCUGCUGGAUGCCAUCACCCUGGCUGUACUCCCAUAUGGCCAACUCCACAAUGUGUGCAGAAGUGCAGAGCGGAGAAUCAGGUCUGGAGUAGUCUGAAGCACUUUGGUGUGAGUGCUUACAGAAUCCAAUCAGACCCAAAGAGCAUUAUGACAGAGAUCUACAGAAAUGGCCCGGUGGAGGCUGCAAUGGUCGUUUAUGAGGACUUCGCUUACUAUAAAUCUGGUGUUUACAAACACAUCUCUGGUCAAUCCGUCGGCCAACAUGCAGUGAAGUUAAUCGGAUGGGGAACUACAGAACAAGGGGAAGACUAUUGGCUUGUUGCAAACUCAUGGAAUUCAGAAUGGGGAGAUAAUGGUUUCUUCAAAAUCAAGAGGGGAACAAACGAGUGUGGGUUUGAGGAGAAUGUGGUUGCAGGAACGCCGUCAACUAAGAACCUAAGUGGAAGCUUGUUUGGAGGACAUUGAUGAUGUAGUGUCACAGUUUGGUGUCUGGAGUUUUAGUGUUCUUUAUUAGAAGAGAACAAGCAGUGUAUUUCUUACAGUUACAGGUGAAAGACCAAAUAAAGAUGCCGCUAUCUCCGUCUCAUAGAUAAAUAUAUACACG